GCGAACUGAUUUGACGGAAAGAGGGCGCUGCUGCACACAAGAACAACUUUGUGCUGAACUUUCAUCUGUCACGACAACAAAGUAACAACUUUCCUACAUGAAGAGAACAAAUCUGCUGUAACUUACUGUGAGGAUAAACCAAUGGAAUCAGCAAAUAACAACAACGAGGAGCCGAAAUUAACUCCAGACCCAGGAGGACCGAAGCAUGAUCAGUUACCAGCAGAAAAAGUGUUUGGACGACAGCUGAGUGAACCAGGGCGCUUUGCGUACGCUGGAAUGUGUGGAGUGUCCUUGGGCCAGCUGUUUCAAGGACCUGAGCAAAAACGUUUUCGUGAGACUUAUCUGGAGGGUCUUGUUCAGUGGCUGAAUCUCGACGAGUCGGUCAUGCCGGUUAUGCAAGCGUUCCUGGCAGGGCUCGGGUUCGAAGGCACUGACACCUUCCUGUCCAUCUUGCACGCGGAGCCGCUGCUCAGAGACGGAGCUCUACCCAUCACUCAGGACCUUGUGUCAUUCUCUGUCAAAGAUGGACAUUAUGAUGCCAGGGCUCGAGUUCUGAUCCGACAUGUCAGCUGUCUGCUGCGUGUGACCCAACAGCAGCUGGAGGAUUUUGAAGAGACUCUCGGAGAGAAAUUGAGAGAGGCAGGAGAGGAAAGCGAAGAAGAGUCAUCAAGGAGGCAGAAAAAAGAGAGAGGUCGUAAAUUGCGCCGUUACCUGCUCAUCGGACUUGCCACUGUGGGUGGAGGGACGGUAAUUGGUGUUACAGGAGGGUUGGCGGCUCCUCUGGUGGCUGCCGGGGCAGGAGCGGUGCUGGGAGCGGGUGGAGCCGCUGUACUUGGAUCAGCCACGGGCAUCGCCAUCAUGGCCUCCUUGUUUGGAGCUGCAGGGGCCGGGUUAACAGGCUAUAAAAUGAACAAGCGUGUCGGCGCUAUAGAAGAGUUUGAGUUUCUUCCGAUGAGUUCUGGAAAGCAUCUUCAUCUCACUAUAGCCGUGACGGGCUGGCUGUGCAGCGGCAAAUACAGUUCAUUUCAGGCUCCCUGGUCCAGUCUAGGAGCGUGUGGUGAGCAGUACUGUCUAAAAUGGGAGUCGCGUUAUUUAUUGGACCUGGGCUCUAUUCUGGACUCAUUAUGGGAUGGGCUUGUUAGUGUCGUGGCUCAGGAGGCCCUCAAAUACACAGUGCUCUCAGGCAUAGUAACGGCUCUGACAUGGCCUGCCUCUCUGCUGGCUGUGGCCAGUGUGAUCGACAACCCCUGGGGAGUGUGCCUGAGUCGCUCAGCCGAGGUGGGAAAACACCUCGCCCAGGUGCUCCGGAGCCGACAGCAGGGGAAGCGGCCUGUCAAUCUAAUUGGCUUUAGCCUUGGAGCUCGUGUCAUCUACUUCUGCCUAGAAGAGCUCGCUAAUGACCAAGGUAGCGAAGGUGUGGUGGAGGAUGUGGUGCUGCUGGGAGCCCCUGUGGACGGGUCAGAGAAAGCAUGGCAGCGACUGUCCAGGGUAGUGGCCGGGAAGAUUGUUAAUGGAUAUUGCAGAGGGGAUUGGCUUCUUGGAUUCCUCUACAGAAGUUCAUCUGUCAGGCUGUCUGUUGCUGGGCUCCAGCCAAUCAAUUCGCAAGACCGCAAAAUAAUCAAUGUGGAUCUGUCAUCAGUGGUAAAAGGACACCUGGACUACAUGCGUCAGAUGGACACCAUCCUAGUAGCAGUAGGGGUUCCCACCAGGGAAGAAGCUGGUGCCAUGAGUGGCAAACUACAGCUGGUACAUUUAUCUCAGGAAAAAACAGGCACUCCAGAAUCAGCUGGUCAGAAAGGGGAGCCAUCCAUAGACAGUUCAAACCAAGAUACCUCAGAGGCAAAUGUAGACGAAUACAAGAAACAGACACAGGAACGUGGUGAGAGGAAGGACUCUGAGAAUGGCUGGGAUAUCCCUGAUAUAUCUGAUUUACUAGACUCCAUCGGCGAAUGUGAUGGCGUCCUUGAAGCCUGUCAAGGGAACGCACGUUCGCCAUGUGCUCUCGGAGUCAAGGAUCAUGUUGAACCAUCUCAAGAUCAGGGCAAAACAAAUAAGGAUGAAGGUGAAACAGACUGUGAGCACACGUCCUGGGACUGGGAUGACACAAACUGGACUACUGAAAGCACAAACACAACCUACCAGUUGCACACUGAAGCACGGGAACAAAUAAUCAAUGGCAAACCUGCUUGUUCUGAGCCAAGAGUAAAGAAAUCAUGACAUUUCCAUAAUUCAAAACUCACAGGAUGUAGGUCGGGUCUAAAUGUUAAAACUCAUUCCAAGAAACUUCUGAGGUUCAAAUUUGCUGCUACCAAGAUGAAGGUUAAGCCCAAAGUACUGUAUAUGCAUACACUAGGGUCAGUGUACAGUGCGUGUGACGCAAAUUCUGUCAUCAAAAUAGAUCGCACAUGCGCAUUGAAUUUGUUUUGCAGUACUCAGUUGUUCCACAAGGUGGCAACACUGUAGAAAACAAAACUACAGAGAUGGAAUAACAACAGAUGGCUGCAUUGACAAGCGCUUGUGAGUGAGAGGGUAUGAGAUAGUCCAGCUUUGGUUUAAAAGAGUUUUAAAAUCAUUUUUAUGGGGGAAAAAUAAUAGAGCAGAUAAAUAAAGAGCGCAUAUGUCGACCGCCCAUAUUUGCGCGCAGCAUCAAAUAGAGUACACUUUAAAAGGCUAUGCAUUUGACUAUAUGCAUACACUAGCGUACGUGAACAAAAACAAAGUAUACUUUGGGCUUUAGGCGUAGGGUUGCUGUGGAAUGCAAAUAAACACAGUGUUUGAAUGUCACAUGUGAAUCUAUAGACUUUUAGCAGAAGAAAUGUUACCAUGUAGACACCACCCAAUACAGUUGAAGUCAAAAGUUUACAAACACCUUGCAGAAUCUGCAAAAUGUGUAUCAAACCUGAAUAAUUUGGACCUACAUAAGAUAUUUCACAUGAAAGAUGAUUACUUGCAGUCCACAAGAGAAAAUAAUAGUUUUUAAAUGUAAAAAAAUGACCCUGUUCAAAAGUUUACAUACACUUGAUUCUUAAUACUGUGUUGUUACUUGAAUGAUGCACAGCUGUUUUUUUGUUUAGUUAUAGUUGUUCAUGAGUCCCUUGUUUGUCCUGAACAGUUAAACUGCCUGCUGUUCUUCAGAAAAAUCCUUCAGCUCCCACAAAUUCUUUUUCUCAACAUUUUUUUGUAUUUGAACCCUUUCCAGCAAUGAUUGUAUGCUUUUAAGAUCCAUCUUUCACACUGAGGACAACUGAGGGACUCAUAUGCAACUAAUUAUAGAAGGUUCAAACGCUCACUGACGCUUCAGAAAGAAACAAGAUGCAUUAUAAGCCAGGGGUGAAAACUUUUGAACAGAAUGAAGAUGUAUACAUUUUUCUUAUUCUUAUUAUUAUUGAUUAUUAUGAUAUUAUUAUAUAAAUAUCAUGUUUUUUUUUUUUUUCAUUUAGUACUGCUCUUCAGAACCCACAGAAGAUACUUACAUUUCCCAGAAGAAAAUAAGUUACAUUUAACCAUAAUCUUUAAAUUCAAAAUAUUUCCCCCCCUGACUCAUAAUGCAUCGUGUUUUCUUUUGGAGCAUCAGUGAGUGUUUGAACCUUCUGUAAUAGUUGCUUAUGAUUCCCUCAGUUGUCCUCAGUGUGAAAAUAUGGAUCUCCAAAUCAUAGUCAUUGUUGAAAAGGGUUCAAAUACACAAAAAUGCUGAAAAAACAAAGAAUUUGUAAGACCUGAAGAACAAGAGGCAGUUUCAUUGUUCAGGACAAACAAGGGACUCAUAAACAACUAUCACUUAAAAAAAAAA